AAUGGUUUUUUAUUAUUGGGUUUUUCUCUUAAAAUAAUUAAGUGCAAAGAACAUCAUGGCUGGGACUCUAUACACAUAUCCCGACAACUUUAGAGCAUUCAAGAUACUGAUUGCUGCCGAGUACAGUGGAAAGAACAUCAGAGUGGUGUCUGAGCCGCCAGAGUUUGUUCUUGGAGAAACAAACAAGUCUGCAGAUUUUUUAGCAAAGUUCCCUCUUGGAAAGGUCCCAGCUUUUGUGACGGAAAAUGGUGACAAUAUCUACGAGAGCAAUGCUAUUGCGUAUUACGUAUCGUCAUCAGCUCUUAGAGGUACAUCAGAUUUAGAUGCAGCACUAGUACAACAAUAUCUUUGUUUCGCCGAGAAUGAGCUCCUCCCACCAAUCUGUACUUGGGUGUUUCCAACAUUUGGAUACAUGCCAUUCAACAAAGAAACUGCACGUGUUGCUCAAGAGGCUGUGAAGAGAUUGCUUGGUGUAUUGAACGAUGUCCUUGCCACUAGGACAUUCCUUGUUGGGGAGAGAGUGACAUUAGCUGACAUUGGAGUCUGCUGUACUCUUUUGAUGCUUUAUAAACAAGUACUAGAGCCUCAAUUUCGUAAUCCAUUUGUUAAUUUGAACCGCUGGUUUGUAACAUGCAUUAAUCAGCCUCAGUUCAAGAAGGUAUUAGGGGAUGUUACACUCUGCGAGAAAGCAGCCCAAUUUGAUGCUAAGAAGUAUGCUGAGUUACAUCCAAAGAAGGAGAAACCAGCCAAAGAGAAACAGCCACAGCAAGAGAAGAAGCAACAAGAAAAGAAGAAGCAGGAGAAGAAGCCAAAAGAGCCUGAGCCAGAGGAGGAGGAAGAAGAGGAGGCCCCUAAGCACGUCUUUGUUGACCCUUACCUUUCACUCCCAAAAAGUUCAUUUGUUUUGGAUGCAUUUAAAAGAACAUUCUGUAAUGAAGACCCAGUCAAAAACACCAUACCUUAUCUAUGGGAGAACUUUGAUAAAGAAGGCUACAGUAUCUGGAGAUGCGAUUACUUGUAUCCGGAGGAACUCAAGAUGACAUUCAUGGCUUCAAAUCUAGUUGGUGGGUUCUUCCAGCGCAUUGAGAAACUCCACAAGUACGGGUUUGCUGUCAUUUAUGUUCUUGGGGAGAACUACAAGCUGAACAUUUCUGGCUUUUGGAUCUUGCGUGGGCAGGAACUAGCAUUUGAUUUGGUGGAAGACUGGAAUAUUGAUGCUCCUUCUUACAAGUUUGAGAAAUUGGACUCUGACAGUACCGAAGUGAGAGAGUUUGUAAACGGGUUCAUGAUUAAGGAUAGGGGAGAUGAGUUUGAGGGGAAGAGGAUUGCCGACGUAAAGAUCUUUAAAUGAUUGACAUAGUUUUUUUUGUUUUAUUUUUUUUGUGUCAUCUUUCUCAUUUGGUGACUGUUGUAAACAAUCAAGUGUUCUGGAUAAUAAUAAUAAUAAUAAUAAUAAUUUAUUGUCAUUUCUAAUGAUAUUUAACGUAAAA